AUGACCUCAGUCACCCCAUACAACAUCGCCGUUCCGGACGAGAAACUCCAACAGCUCCGCCACAAGCUGGAGUACACCACCUUCCCCGAUGAGCUUGAUGCUUCAGAGUGGGACAUGGGCGUUCCUCUCCAUGAAAUCAAGAGACUUAUCACCGUGUGGCGUGAGCAGUUUGACUGGCGCGCGCAAGAGCGAAAGCUGAAUGAGCAACUCAAGCAAGUCAAUGUUCGAAUAGGAGUGGAGGGCUUCGGAGAGCUGAAUAUACAUGCCGUGCAUCAUCGGAGCGGAAAUUCAAAAGCAAUUCCAUUGCUUUUUAUCCACGGAUGGCCUGGCAGCUUCCUCGAAGCCACCAAGCUUAUCCCACUUCUCACUAAGAACAACGGGGAUGGCCCAGUAUUCGAUGUCGUCGCACCUUCAUUGCCCAAUUUUGGCUUCUCGCAGGGCGUCAAGAAGAGAGGAUUCGGGCUGGCACAGUAUGCCGAAGCUCUCCACAAAGUGAUGAUCGCACUAGGCUACGAGAAAUACGUGGUUCAAGGAGGUGACUGGGGCAGCAUGAUCGCCCGUACUAUGUCUCAAUACUACCCUCAACACACUCAAGCCAUCCAUCUGAACUUCAUACCCGUCAUACCGCCCUACCCAUGGCGAAGUCCCUACCAAUUCCUCAAAUCGCUGCUAUCUGUGCCAUUCUCAGUAAAAGACCGUGGCUACAUCGCCCGGACAUUAGGAUAUAUCACCCGCGGCAACGCAUACAUGAAACAGCAAGAGACCCGACCACAAACUCUAGGCUACGGGCUUCACGAUAGUCCCGUCGGACUACUAGCUUGGAUCUACGACAAAAUGCAUACUUGGUCCGACAAGUACCCCUGGACGGAUGAGGAGAUCUUGACUUGGGUGAGUGUAUACUACUUCUCCACGGCUGGGCCAAUGGCGUCAACGAGGAUCUACUACGAGGCCUCGGCGCCGAAGCGUAGUGCAACUACGGCUGUGUCGGAGAAUGAAACUCAGGAAGACCUGCUGGAAAAGACAGACCUGAAUUACAUGUCGCUUGAACAAGUUCUCGGGGCUCGGGCACCACGGAGUGUAUGCUUUGCAGUGGCCCAGUUCCGGGAGGAACUUAUUAUGUGGCCUAUGGCGUGGUAUCGGUCCAUUGGAAAUGUCGUGCAAGAAACGGAGUAUGAUCGUGGUGGCCAUUUUGCGGCGUGGGAAGUGCCUGAGUUGCUGGCGUCUGAUAUCAAAAGGUUCCUAGGCAAUAAUGGACCAGCCUACGGGGCGGUAGCCGACAGUGAUGGUUACUGA